AUGAACUCUUCCCUUCUUGCAUAUUUGGCCAAAGAUUCCGACUGCAAACAAGGACAAACUAUGAGUGAAGUAAUUGCUGGAUCUGAUACUUCAACAGAAGCAAAUACUGGCUUUGAUGCCAGUCGUAUUGCAAAAGUUAAAGCAUGGCUUGUAUCUCAAUUUGAUGCAGCUGGAAAAGAUGUCUCUGAUUUUGAGUAUACUCCUCAAAGCAUUGCUCAUUUACAUAACCUUGCCAACAUCUCCCAAGAAAAAACUCAAGCUGCUGGCAUUGUUGCAAAGGACUUCUGCCAGAAAGCAUCUGAGUAUCAUUCCCAAGCUGCGAGGUAUCCUGAAUGUUGCUGCCAUCAAAACACCUGGUUUGGCAAGAAGAGAAAGGCUCUCCUUCAAGAUAUUGCCAUAUUGACAGGGGUUGAGUAUCAAGCCAGAGAUUUGGGAUUGCUUAUUGAGAAUACCUCGGUUGAGCAGCUUGGUUUGGCCAGAAAGAUUUUGUUUACGACUCAGAAGCUUGCUGAGCAAAUUGCCAAGUUGUCUAGUGGGGUUGCUGUUAUAAAGGUGGGGGCUGCAACUGAAAACGAACUGGAGGAUCAUAAGCUUCGUAUUGAAGAUGCAAAGAAUGCAACUUUUGCUGCGACAGAGGAAGGGAUUGUCCCCAGUGGAGGUGCUGCUUUAUUUCACCUUUCAACUUAUGUUCCUGCCAUUAAAGACAAACUUGAAGAUGCAGAUAAGCGGCACGACGCUGAUAUUGUGCAGAAGUUGAACUGCAAAUCUUCAGGCUGUGGAGAAUGGGAACGAGAGCUUAGUGUACAUUGCUUCUUCUUUGUGAAUAUAUUCACGAAGGCAUCUUUGAUAGCUCAAAACGCUGGGAUUGAAGGAGAGGUAGUUGUGGAAAAGGUGAAGGAAGGCGAAUGGGAAACUGGUUGCAACGCAAUGACGGACAAGUAUGACAACCUGGUGGAAGCUGGUGUUAUAGACCCCGCCAAAGUGACAAGAUGUGCAUUGCAGAAUGCAGCUUCUGUUGCGGGAAUGGUCCUUACCACACAGAUGAUUGUUGUGGAAAAGCCUAAAUCCAAGAUGCCCGUGGGUGCUCCUCCUCAAGGGCUUGCUGUGUAA